AUGGAGCCAAAGAAAAAAACAAGAGGCAAACAAAAGUUAGUGAUGAAGAAGAUUGAGGAUAUAGACAAUCUUUUUGCAACAUUUACAAAAAGAAAAACAGGUAUUUACAACAAGGCCACAGAAUUAUCAACACUUUGUGGGGCUAAGGUUGAUAUUCUUAUGAUUUCUCCAAGUGGAAAUCCGUUUUGUUAUGGAGAACCUUCUUCCAAAUCUUUGGCAAGAACGAGUCUGAAGGAAGAAACUUCAUCAUUUGAUGAUAUAGUGAAGAGACAAAUGCUUGAAGAUCUUAAUAUGAAAAAUGAUAAAUUGGUGGAUGAAAUCUAUGAUGCAGAAGCUAAACGAGAAACACUGACGGCAUCAAAUAGUUCUGGUUGGUGGGGGGUGAAAGAGAAAUAUGGAUAUGAUCAUGAAAAGGUUGAACGUAUAAAAAAUCUGACACAUAAAAUGAUAAAUGAAGUUAUAAGCAAGGGAGGAGAGAUUGAUUCCCAUGCAAAUUAUUUAUUAGACAAAUGGAAUGGAUUUAGUUCAAAUUCUAAUUCUCUCUUAAGGAGCAAUAACAAUGGUUAUGAAAUUGAAGCAAUUUAUGGAUCCAACCAUUAUGACCCACACGGUCAAGGUAAAUAUGUUGCUUUUGGUGGUGCGAGUAGAAGUGGAAGUGGGAGUUAA